UGAUGUCAUGAGCAACUCCCAAACGUUUGAUAACCAGAGCUUUGACUACCAGGAACCUCACAGCUCCAACAGCAGGAAGAGGUCCCUACCUUCUUCCCACCAUGACAACUUGUUCGCUAAAGCACACAGGGCGAGUGAGGAGGCAGGGCUGGUUCCGUUAGAGCACAGUCCAGGUUUUAAGGUUUUGCCUAGUCGGGAGUUUGAUAAAAUAAAGGAAGCACAAAACAUGGGAUAUCAUAAGAAGUCGUGUACUUAUCAGAGUCACCGAACCAAGCAGGGGUCUCACAAGAAACUUUGCUACUAUUCCUCCGCUCACGAGCGGGUAACAGCCCGCCGUCUCUUAGACUCUCGCAUUAAUGUGACCGACUUCGAACGCUCUAUCAGAAGCCAGUUCUCCGACCUAUGCUGUUAUAAUUAUGCGGAGAUUAUCGCUGCUUGUUACCCGGCGAUGGAUUACCGCAAAAGGUGGAUUGUUCUGGAAGAAAACGGUUCUGGUCAGAGGUUUAUUCAACAUAGGAGUUUAACAGAGGACACGAAAGCGAACAUUAAAAUGUCCUUAUCAAGGUCUGACAGUUGCACUGGUGUUAAGAAUAAACUGAUUAGGAAUAGAGUUAUACCAACUAUCCGUCAUCUUUCCAUGUACGACGUUCUCAUGUCUGUUUACGGUGGAGAAUUUUAUCGGAAGAACAAUUUAGUCAGACAAUGUGGUCCGAUAUCUGAUCUAGCAGAUCGGAUGAUAGAACUUUAUAGGUGCCGGGAGAAAGCCCUGAUAUCCCCCAUAACCAGCAUUAUAAGUCAACAAGACUGCAGAUUAACAAUGGAGCAGAAGUAUGCUGUUAUCGGGGUCCUCCAUCAGGCCACCAAUGUAGACAGCAUCAGGAAGCAGCUAGCUCGGAUGUUUCCCGAGUCUUUCUCUCCUCGCUCAACUAUUGACAUUUUAGCUGCUACAUUUGGGAGUUACAAACAAGUCUGUAUAGAAACUAAGUCCAGGGAGGAGGACCCGAGUGAAAGGACUAUUAUCCUUGGAGAGAAAUUCUCCUGUCAAUCAGUGUUUAAAGCUUUGGAAGAUCAGCGCAAUCAGGAAACAGGUAAAGAUAUCAAGAAAGGAAAGAAAAAGAAAGGAUGGAAACCGCAAAGGAAAUUAAAAGGCCAGAUUAUACCCAUGUCUUUUUCUAAAGGUAAAGGGAACCUUGUUUGAUUAUCUCACACACUACUCUAGUAGCAGGGAGGGGUGAAUAUACAACACACGCAUGUUAAUUCAGAUGUGCAUAUUUGAUGGAAUUGGGUUGCAAGGAACACUGCUGAAGAUGAGUGAUCCUAAGGAAGACUGAAUUUAGACCAGAGGUGAACACACCGCGGCAUAAUUGUUACAAUGGUCAUUAAAUGCACCUUGUUCUAGGGUGUUUUGACAUUAUUUAAGUGUUGGAUGGUGGGAAAAUUUGGGUCAUAUUCCCGUGAUAUCGUCAUCUUUUAUUUUGAGAAUAUUUAUUGCAAUAAUUUAUAGACAAUUUUACUGUCGCACUUUAUAAUUUUUUUGUUUUGAUUUUAUGUGAUGUUAAUUAAUUAUUUUAUAGCUAAUUUUCUAAUUCGCCGGAG